AUGUCCUCCGUCCUGCGCACCGCCCGCGCAUCCCUCCGCGGCCCCGCACUCGCCUACGCCGCCCGAGCCAUGAGUUCCGUCCCCGCGCUCCCCCUCUCCCCACCCUCCCCCGACGAGGAGACAGCCGCAUUCUCUUCCCGCGUCGCCGCCCUCGAGUCCUUCUUUGCUCUCCCCCGCUUUGCCUCUCUCAAGCGGCCCUACACCGCCGCCUCCGUCGCGUCCAAACAAGGCUCUCUCCCCGUCCUUCCGCUCCCCUCCACCCUCCUCGCAGACAAGCUCUAUGCGCUCUUCUCCAAGGCCGCCUCAGAGGGUCGCCCGGUGCACACCAUGGGCGCGAUAGACCCCGUGCAGCUCACACAGAUGGCCCCCCACCAAGAGGUCGUCUAUGUCAGCGGGUGGGCCUGCUCCAGCCUGCUCACGACAUGCCACAACGAGGUCGGACCGGACAUUGGAGACUACCCGUACACGACCGUUCCGAACCAGGUCGAGCGGCUCUUCCGCGCGCAGCUGCUGCACGACAAGAAGCACUACGAUGAGCGCAUGUUUGCGAGCCCGGAGGAGCGCGCGAAGAUGCCGUAUGUCGACUAUCUGCGUCCCAUUAUCGCGGAUGCAGAUAUGGGACACGGCGGACUUUCGACCGUGAUGAAGCUCACGAAGCUCUUUGCAGAGUCUGGCGCAUCCGCAAUCCACCUCGAGGACCAGCUCGUGGGCGGUAAAAAGUGCGGGCACCUCGCGGGCAAAGUGCUCGUUCCCGCGUCCGCGCACAUCUCGCGGCUCAUUGCAGCGCGUUUCCAGCUGGACAUGCUCCAGCACACGAUGCUACUGAUCGCACGCACGGACGCCGAGUCUGCGAAGCUGCUCUCGUCGACGGUCGACGUGCUCGACCACGAGUUCAUCCGCGGCGUCACGGUACCCGACACCCCGCUAGCGGAGGUCAUUGCGCGUGCGGAGGCCGACGGCCGCCCCGGCUCCGAGGUCGACUCGAUCGAGAAGGCGUGGCUCGCGCGGAACCCGAUGUGCACGUUUAACGAGGCUGUGGAGAAGGCAAUCCAUGCAUCGGCCAUUGAGGACAAGGACACGGCUAUCCGCGGGUACCACGAGGCCGCUGCGGGUAAGUCAAACGCAGAGGCACGCGACAUCGCACAGGACAUCCUUGGCGAGCCCAUAUUCUGGGACUGGGACCUGCCGAAGACGCGUGAAGGCUACUACCACUACACCGGAGGCGUCGAGGCCGCGAUCAAGCGCGAGCUCGCGUUCGCGCCGUACGCGGACAUGAUCUGGCUCGAGACGAAGCUGCCCGACCUCGCACAGGCGCGCUACUUCUCGCGCAAGAUCCGGGAGAAGUACCCCGGCAAGUGGUUCGUGUACAACCUGAGCCCGAGCUUCAACUGGUCAGCGCAGGGCUUCUCAGAUUCGGACUUGAAGAACUUCGUGUGGGACCUGGGCAAGGAGGGCUUCGUCCUGCAGCUGAUCUCCCUCGCGGGCCUGCACCUCAACGCGGCCGCUACAGCUGAGCUCGCGGCGCGGUACAAGACGGACGGGAUGCUCGCGUACGUCGAGCUGGUCCAGCGCAAGGAGAAGGCGCUCGGGUGCGACGUGCUCACGCACCAAAAGUGGAGCGGCGCGAACUACAUCGACCGCAUCCUCACGACCGUCUCUGCGGGCUCGUCGAGCACUUCCGCCGUGGGCGGCGACUCGACGGAACACUCGUUCUGA